AUGUAUGCAAACCACGAAUACAGCCGUUUCCACGAGUCCUACUACGUGCAUCCAUGUUCAAUUGUACCUGAAAAAGAUGUGGUUUUCACCGAUAUAGUAGGCAAUGGUUUUUUAGUUCAAGUCAAGCGAUGGUGGCACGAUCUUUUUUUACUUUCGUUUUCGAGUGUCAGAUCUAGAGGCUUUUACAAUAGUUCACACGCGAUGAGAAUUGAAAGAUUUAGACAAUACAGAAAGUACCGUUCACGGAUACAUCCAAUGAGCAAAUUUUCUUACUUCUGGAACUGUGUUAUCGUCUUCGCCGUGCUGCUGACGAAGAUACUGUUUAGAUUUACUUCCUCAAUUUUAUUUGAGAUUAUUCACCGAGUGGCCCAUGGAUCUUAUAGAGAAUUAGCGUUGUUGUUAAAACCAGAGAUGUAUUUGAGUAACGAUAUUGUAGCCGAAGCUUGGACUCCAGGUCAGGGUUUAAUGAUAGUAGAUGUGGGUGUUUUGGCAGUAUAUACCGUUAAUUACGAAGAGACCGGCCAAUCUUAUCGAUGGUGA